UGUUGAAAGAAAGAAAUAUUUGUAUAUGCGAAUAUAAAAGGCAUUUACAGUUUUACACUGAUGAAUAGUGAUCCAGAAUCAUUGAUUCAUUCUACACCUUGUCCCAUGUCAAGUCUAGUCAAAAGCUUCUUUCAUCAACUCCGACUCAUUUAAGAUUCUCUCUCUCUCUCUAUCUCUCUCUUCCCUUCACCAUCUCAGAGAUUGCUCCAAUAUCUCACAGAUUUGGUGACCAGAACAACUUAUCACUUGAGUGGUUCAACCUCUCUCUCUUUUUCUCUCUCUGUUAUGAAUAUGCAUAGCCAUAUGUAAUACUUAGAGAGGGAGAUACCAAGAACUCAAAAACCAUGACUUCCAAUAGAAGCAAUCUCCUGUUCUCAUUAGUCCUCUUCCACCUUCUUCUUGUCCCCACACAACUCCAAUCUCUUAACACUGAUGGUGUUCUUCUGCUUGCUUUCAAAUACUCCAUCCUCAGUGACCCUCUCUCUGUUCUACGCAACUGGAACUAUGAAGAUGCAUCACCAUGCUUGUGGACAGGUGUCACCUGCAUGGAGCUUGGGAAACCUAACACUCCAGACACGCUCCGAGUUACAAGCUUGGCACUUCCAAACAAAAACCUGUCGGGUUCCGUCACUCCCGACUUGUUCUUUCUGCCGCAUCUAAGGAUCUUGGAUCUGUCCACCAAUUUCUUCAACGGGUCACUCCCUGACUCGCUCUUCAACGCCACUGAGCUUCAGAAUAUCUCCCUUGGAAGCAACAAUCUCUCUGGUGAUUUGCCCAAGAGUAUCAACACUGUGAUUAAUCUCCAGCUCUUGAAUCUCUCAGCUAACGCAUUUACUGGAAAAGUUCCUCCCACCCUCUCACUUCUGAAGAAUCUAACGGUCAUUUCCUUGACAAAGAACUCAUUCUCAGGUGAUAUCCCAAGUGGUUUCGAAGCAGCACAGGUUCUUGAUCUUUCCUCAAAUCUUCUCAACGGCUCUCUUCCCAAAGAUUUGGGAGGCAAAAGCGUGCAUUACUUGAACGUAUCAUACAACAAAGUCUUGGGAGAGAUUCCACCAAGUUUUGCAGAGAAGUUUCCAGCAAAUGCCACAGUCGAUCUCUCCUUUAACAACCUCACAGGCCCAAUACCUACUUCCCCUUCUUUACUUAAUCAAAAGGCAGAAUCUUUCUCUGGUAACCAAGAGCUGUGUGGAGAGCCAUUGAAGACUCUUUGUUCAAUCCCUUCUACUCUUUCCAACCCUCCAAAUAACUCUGAAACUACUUCACCUGCAAUAGCAGUUAAACCAAGAAGCUCACCUCCAAAGGACCCUCUAACAGAAUCACCAAACCAGACAGCAAAAAGCAAGCUAAAGCCAAGCACCAUUGCCGCAAUCACAGUUGGAGAUAUAGCUGGUUUAGCUAUCAUUGGUCUACUUGUGCUCUAUGUAUACCAGGUCAGAAAACGCAGAAGGUAUCCAGAAUCCAGCAGAUUCAGUUUCUUUAAGUUCUGUCUGGAGAAAAACGAAUCCAAGAAAUCUAAUCACCACCAAACGCAAAGCACCGCGGAGGUCACAGUUACAGAUUCACCAGAUGCAAAAGCGGCAUGCGGUUCAUGCAUAAUCUUGACCGGAGGAAGGUAUGAAGAGACAUCGACAUCAGAGAGCGACGUAGAGAAUCAGCACACCGUUGAGGCAUUUAGUCGAACAGAUGGUGGGCGACUAAAACAGAGUCCUCAAACUCAAUUGGUUACAGUCGACGGUGAGACUCGGCUAGAUCUAGAUACUCUACUAAAAGCAUCAGCUUACAUAUUGGGAACUACCGGAACCGGAAUCGUUUACAAGGCGGUGUUGGAGAACGGCACGGCGUUCGCGGUGAGGCGGAUCGAGACUGAGUGUUGUGCGGCGGCGAAACUCAAGGAGUUUGAGCGGGAGAUUCGUGCAAUUGCUAAGCUUCGACACCCAAAUCUCGUCAGAAUACGUGGGUUUUGCUGGGGAGACGACGAGAAGCUUCUAAUCUCCGACUACGUUUCCAAUACCAGCCUCCUCUGUUUCUUCUCCGCCAGUAAGGCAAGCUCAAGCUCGUCGUCUUCGUCAUUACAAAACCCUCUUAGUUUCGAGGCACGGCUCAAGAUAGCAAGAGGAAUGGCUCGAGGGCUAUGUUACAUCAACGAGAAGAAACACGUGCAUGGUAACAUGAAGCCCAAUAACAUUCUCUUGAACGCUGAGAAUGAGCCCAUCAUCACCGAUCUAGGGCUAGACCGCCUCAUGACACCGGCGCGUGAAUCUCAAAUCACUGGACCAACACCGUACCAGCCACCGGAAUGGUCAACGAGCCAGAAACCAAACCCUAAAUGGGACGUUUAUUCAUUCGGCGUCAUUCUCUUGGAACUUCUCACAGGGAAAGUGUUUUCGGUGGAUCAAGAUAUAGAUCAGUUCUCAAACUUAUCCGGUUCUGAAACGGAAGAGAAAGGCCGGUUCAUGAGAUUGAUUGACGGUCCAAUCAGAAGCGAUGUGUCUCGCCACGAGGAUGCUGCAAUCGUGUGCUUUAGGUUAGGGAUUGAAUGUGUCUCUUCCUUGCCUCAGAAGCGACCGUCUAUGAAAGAAGUGGUGCAAGUGUUGGAGAAAGUGAGCCUUUAACUUGGUUUACCUAAGUCGUUUAUUGCAAUAUAGAAAGUGGAUUUGUUAUCUGUGUGUUUAGAUGUGUUGCUUACUUUACAGUUGCAUGUGUAAUAGAUACUAACUCCUUUUGUACUUUGGUUCUGGUUAACCUAAAAUAAUAAAUCGAAUAAAAUCCCAACUGUC